CGAGAGUAGCAUGUGCCAUGUACAAACAAUCCAAUCUCUCUCUCACGCAUCGCUAUUAGUUGAAUAAUUAAAUAUUAAUCACGAUUAGUGCUGCCAUUAAGCUGCUAACGGAAGCCCGUCUUGGACGGAUUCGUUUGCAAUCUCUCUCUCUUUGUUUCUUUUUUUCUCGAAGUCGAUGUGAGAAAUGAAAAAAGGAAAGCAGGCGCUGAAAGGAAAACAAGAGGCAGUGGACGAGAGGGAGAUUAUUAUUAUCUUUGCUACCUCGAUUUGAUCUCUCUCUCUCUCUCUUCUCUCUCUCUCUCUCUCUCUCUCUCUCUCUCUGCUGGUGUUAGCGUUAUUAACCUACGCCACAUCUCUCCAACCUUCUUAUCACCUGUCCUCCUUCGACUGCCACCUCUCCGCCUCUGUUUUUCUCUCCUCAUCUAUAAUGGCCGUUCAAGCUCAAUACCCAUCAAAUGUCCUGCUCCUUAACAGAAACGGGCAGGAGAGGAAGAACAUGCUCGGAGGAGAUUACUCGAUGCAAACACAGGGAGGGGGAUUCAUCGAUCAAUCCCAGGUGCUAUUUAGCAAUGGAGCUGGCGGUAACCCACGGAAGAGGGGAAGAGAAGCUGUUGCCUCUGCAGCGGCAGCGGCAGCGACGCCUAUCAAUCUCUUCUCAUUACAGCCUCAGCCUCCGCCGCAUCCAACGGUCGUAAACCUCGCGCAGCUCCAGAACCAGCAGCCUGCCGUAGUUUCUACAGGCCUUCGUUUGGCUCCCGAAUCCCAUCAGCAGCAGAUGGAUCUUCUCCUUCCUUCUUCCAUUAUCUCCUCCUUCCUUUCAGAAGAUCUUUCCACCCAAAUGAAACAACAGAGAGACGAAAUCGACCGAUUCCUUCAAGCCCAGGGAGACCAGCUGCGGCGCACGUUAGCAGAGAAGCGCCGGAGCCACUACCGUGCUCUGCUGGCCGCAGCGGAGGAGUCGGCCGUGCGGAGGAUGCGGGAGAAGGAGGCCGAGGUGGAGAAGGCCGCGCGGCGCAACGCGGAGCUGGAAGAACGGGCGGCGCAGCUUAAGGCAGAGGCGCAGGUUUGGCAGGCGAGGGCAAGGUCGCAGGAAGCCGCCGCGGCGUCUCUGCAAGCCCAGCUGCAGCAGGCGAUGAUGGGCGGGCAGGCGCAAGAUAGGAGGGGGGAAGAACUAGGGUGCGCCGGGGGUGACAACACGCCCGCGGACGACGCGGAAUCCGCUUACAUCGACCCUGGCCGAGCCGUUUCGGCCGUGCCAGUGUGCCGGGCGUGCCGGAGACGGGCCGUGUCGGUAGUGCUGCUACCGUGUCGGCAUCUUUGCCUUUGCACAGACUGCGACACGGCCGUUGAAACCUGCCCGCUCUGUCACUCUGUCAGAAGCGCCAGCGUGGAGGUCUACCUGUCGUAAUUGUAAAGAAAGACAGGGACAAAUUUGGAAAGUAAUUUAAUUCCACUAAUAAAAACACGAAAAAUAUAAAUGCCGUUAUCUUUUUGAGCGUUUCGGUACUCGAACCGGAUACGGGUUUUUCUAUUAACUCGGGUCUCUAAGUGGGUAAUGUAUAUUGGUGGUGUCGUUUGAUGAGGAAAUCUUUUCCUUUUCUUUUUCUUUUUCGUUUUUUUUUUUUUUUUUUUUUGAAAUUCAAUUCAUAUAUAGAAAUUCUUUUUAUA